CAUUAUUCAGUUUUACUUUACUGUUAUUACACUUAUUGUUUUUUUUUGUCAAGUUAAAAUUUACAUAGCAAAACAAACCAAUAGUAAAGUUAAAGUUUACAUUACUUUUCGCCAGUUUUUAAGCAGAAACCUGCGUUCUUAAUUAUUAUUGUAAUACUUUCUUAAAUGAUUUUUUUCAACCAGUUCACUGUAAAAUAUAUUACAUACGAAUCACAAAGAGAGUAAAAAAUACGAACACAAACAGGUUUAUAGCGCCGUUUCGCAUAGUUCGACUCCGCACUGCCGCAUCUUUCGUGCACCUCGUCAGUAUGAAUAUUUCUACGAUCCCGAGUGUACCUGCGCUAUACGCAUACACUGGGUUAUAGUAACGGAGGAAUAGAUCGAUUCAAAUAUUUUAAGUUAAAUACACUUUUAUUUUGAACGGUUUUCGUUCGUUACAGUCGACACACUAUACUAUUCUACGUCGGUUGUGUUAUAUAUCAGUUACUUGAUUUACAUCUCAUUGAGGUACGUACGAAUUCAACGUUUUAAUACGGGACUAAGAAAUCUUUUAAAUCUAAUUAAUUUAAUUGUUAUUUGUUGCUCAUAUUUAAUCACAUAAAAACUCUAAAUUCAACGUAAAUUAAUUAAAACUACAGGUACAUUGUUAAUUAAGAUAGUAGGAUUGUAGCGAAGGAAUCCACUUUUUCGGUUAAAAACUACAGUGAUCGUACCACUAGAACUUUCUUACGGGGCGGGGCGGGGCCGAAACAUAUUUUCACCGGCUUUUUAAAGUGUAAAAUUCCUUAAAAAAACUAACGUCACAGCUAUACAAAUUUUAUUAAUAAUCACGGGAAUCGGGUUCUUUUACACUUUGUAAAAUAUAACAUAUUAAUACAUGAAAUAAGUAAUUUUUAUUUAACUAAAUAUAAUAUUAUGGAUUUAUAAUACAAAAUCUAACCUCCGGUUUUUCGUUGGAGAGAAUAUUUCAACAACAUCAUACACACCGGUAUACUUAUUUCCCGGUAAAUAUGCAACAGCGCUAGCCCACUUAAGCGAUCCGGGCAUAUUUAUUUCAUAACUAGAAAUCAACGAUAAGAGACAACUAUCGAACCGCCAGCACGAAAUGAUAACACCGAAAACCACGGCUUUAGAUAAGGGAAGUGUGUUUAAAUACAGAAAUGCAUAGUUCCACAGUUCGCAUUGCUUAAUUGUGCGCGUAACGUAGAUAAUAAUAACACGUUGAUUAUCACCGGCUAGCUAAAAUGUUGAAUAAAUAUAUGGUUGAUAAAAGUAAAAUAAAUAAGUCUGAUUUAAACAAAUAUUAUCGCAGUGAAAGACUUAGUAUGAUUACAUACCUGUAAUCAUAUAAAAUUGUAAAAUUUCCUUAUUGAUCGACGUGCUAUUCUCGAAAUCCAAAUGCUCAAUUAAUAGUUUUUUUUUUUUAUUAAGAUCAAUGCAUUUAUUACGUUUUAAAAAGUACGAUUUUUCAAGAGUGAUGUUUUCUACCUUACGGACAUUUUUUUCCAUGUCUCUUGAGACCCGGAUAGCAUUGGAAUGUAACAUUGACAUUGCAUUAAAUAUACCGUUAAAUAAAUAUUCAUAUUGAAUGCAUAUUCCAUUUUUGUUGUUUAAUACAGCCGCAAUAUGCAUGCAAUUUUAUUGGGUCACUGUUUAAACAUUGUCUAUUAUCAAUAAUUUAAUUGUGAGACGUAUGAAACGUCGAUAACAUAUUUCUUAAUAACCAAUUAGUGUCUUUUGAAUGUUGCCGAUGCAUAUUAAACGUCCAUAUUCGAUAUUAUUGACAACUCAAAAAUUGGUCAAUCCUAUCGAUCGUGUAUGGGGCACGUAUGACGGCGAUACGUGAAACAAACAGUUUUUCGGACGUUCUUCGUUUAUUCUGUCACGGGUAAAAUACGGUACCGUCGAUUAUUGAUUGAAAACCGUAAUACUGUAGUCUGUGCAGCAACUGAUUGUAGUAGCGGCUUCGAUUUACAUAAGUGGUCCCUCAAGGUAAGAUAUCCGCGGCCAUCGAGUGUUUUCCUCGGAGUCCCGGUGGCCCGGUCCGACCAUGGCUAAGACAGGAGAAACGAUUCGAACGAGAACAAAAAUAACCGACACUGUACAAUACACGCGUAAGAUGUUUUGACGCGCAAUUAUAACACCUUUGACUCGGUAUACGUUCUACGUGUUAUCGCUGUACUUUAUUAACAACACAAAUACUAACGGCGCAUUAAAGCCGAAAUAUCGAAGCCGUUAUCGGAGUGUUCGUGAAGCCGUUGUCUUUACGAAACGAAUCAAACACGCCCGGAAAUCGUACAGACGUGUACACGAUGACACAUGCGUCAUACUGGCAUUCGUACUCGUGCCCACACAUUAUCGAACACGUUGAGUAUUACGGAUUUAAAAACUUAACAAAAACCGGUUUUUGCUGGGAUCGCAGCCCGUGGCCAUAUAGGUGAGCGGACAGAAUUCGCGUAACCUGCGGUAUAUUGUUUACGCGACCAAACAUUUCGGGUCACCUUUGCUGAAUCGAUUGCCAUUUUCCGUUAUCCGUCAAACGCGCCCAGACGUAACGCAACAGUUUAACAUAGUCCGCUCUAUACAUUUUUGUUUUGUACGAAAAUCAAUUGAGUAAUUUUUUACUAAACCGAACGUGAUAGUAAUGUACGCAACCAAUUAUAUUUAUUUCGGCCAUCAAAGUAAAACAUUCGCACGUCAAGGCCAUAAGUAAGCGAAAACAAAAAUUCGAGGGUAUUCCACAUUUUAUUUGUUUUCGCCAAAACAUUUAAUGACAUUUUUUUUUUCGAUUAUUAAACUAUUGCGCUAUCGUAUUGUGAAUAACAUUUUCUUAUUAGUUUUACAAUUUCAGAGGGGAGCUCUGGGUAGGGUGCACAACAAUUAUUACAUUCUUAUUGAAGUUUGGGAACUGCUGUUGUAGACUGGAUAAUAUAUUAUUAUGAAUGUGUCUUCUUAUCGUGUUUAUCAGUAAAAAAACGGACAUAUUUUUCAUGACGGGGGGGGGGAGGAUACUGUUGUUGGUGAGAAGUAGGAGAGGUAGUAGGGAAAUCGAAUGUAUAUCAGUAGGCGACGAUCAAUCAUUGAUAAUGAAAAACGAUUUUGGGCAGAGUACGGUAUACAUGUUUUAAAAAGGCCUUAAUAUUUACGAUUUAAAAAUAAAACAUUUCGUAAAUUUUCCCUUUUUUCCCGGUUUAUUCAAUUUAUUAAAAAAAACCCAAGCGAAAAUCAAAAAAUUACCUUUUAAUGUUCCAUCUCAAAUAAAUUUCUUUUCACGAAAAGUAUAUUUGAACAUCGGAGCAACAUUUCUGGUUGAAAAGUUGUUCACAGUUAAACAAAUAAAAUAACAAUAAACAUCUUUGCAAAACCAAUACAUUCUCGCUACAUUCGGAAUCUAAAAUAUUGUAGUAUCCUUAAACUAUAACGUAAAAUACCAUCAAUUUAACCAGAACAUUUUUUUUUUUUUACAGAGAAAAUAAAUCAACUAAAGAUUAAAUCGAAUUUUUAAACACAAAUAUAAUAAUAUAAGUUAAGAAUGAUUAUUGAUUAGGUAUAUGAUACAAACAUAAUGAGUUUGUCUAAAAACGAACGUAGUAAUUUAUAAUCUUUUAAAAAACCACUUAUCAGCCACUUUUGCGAGUUGGAAGUGUAGAAAGUAUAAUAUUAUAGACACUAAGUAUACUGAUAUAGAGUAUUUAUAUAGAGUAUAGAGUAUAGAGAUAUAGAGUAGUGAUUUAUUGUACAUACCGAAAGCAACUAUAAAUCACUGCAAUCAAAAGUCGAUUUUCAGUGAUACUCAGUUAGCUGAUGAGGUACAUAUUAAUCGUAUUUUCUUUUUCUCGUAGCCAAAGUAACCCAGAAAUCAACAGAGACAAAACGAAUGUAUGGUCAUUUGUUGUCAGUUUUUUUUAUGUUUGUAGAAUUAUUUGUAAUAGAAAAAUGUUUCACAUAAAGUAUCGACCGCCGAGCGAAAAAUAAGUAACUUUCAAUGUAAGGCGCAAACAAAAUCGAAGCAUUUUUACCAAUCAUGAACACUUCUUGGUAUUACAUCUAGUAUAAUAAAUUGUCGGUAAUAAAUUAUAUUGGAUCAUAAGUAUUUUUCAACAUUUUUAACAAUAUAAAAGUUUGUCCCAGCGUGCCCUGUAAACGAGUUUACGGCGUCAAUAAUGGUAUUAAACUGAUUAAUGAUUUUGAUUUUGAUUUGAGAAACGACGAAUGUUCCAAUGUCAGGAACCAGGCGGUUCACUUCUGGAACGAGCGUGGAAAUAGUUCCGUUUCGACAAGGCCACGUGAACCGGUUACUUUUUAAAAAUAACUCUAAAAGAAACUACACUAGAAUAUGUAUACCAUACGUUGUGUCUUAAAGGAUCCCCCCCCCCAUUAUUGUAUAACAUCACGUUACCCGCAGCAAACGAAUAACAAUAACAAUCGUAACGUACACCUGCAAAUGAUUUCUGUAAUUAAAAGGAACGUCCGCGCAAUGCCGGUGUAAAUAUUAUUAUUUCAUUAGGUUUCUGGGAAAUCGUUCGUAGCAAUAUCACGCGUGCUCGCAACACCGUCCGCGUGUCGUAUCGUUCGCCGAAUGGUAUUUUAUGCUCGCACGUGUUCUCAAGGUUCGCGAUAUUAUUCCGUAAAAAAAAAAGAAGCAGAAAACGGAAAUAAACAUUUAUACGGAAUCCGAGUGUUCGAACGGACACAAUCGUUAGCGGCGUCCGAGCCGGUGCGCGCGGUUUCCCGCAAUUCGCGCACCUGUCGGCCCGGAACGUAUUGUUUCAAAACGAACGUUGAAUUUCGUAACGUCACGUGUUCCAUGUGCCCGUACAGCUGCGGCAAUGCCGUCUGGCGCGCCGUCGUAUAGCUGCCAACUGCAGUCGGUCGGCCGCAAGAACGACGAGCGGAUCUUGGACCGGACCGGAGUUUACGGCGACGCGGUCCGACCGAAAUCGAAACCCGCGACCGAAACGACCGACGGCGGUUCGCGACGAGGAGAAAUGGACGGCGUUUCGGCGAAACGGGGCGCUGAGAGAAAUGGCGGUGUCCACGGGCCCGGGGCGAACGGCGCGGAACGUGCGGCCGAAAACGGGCCCGACAAUAGGGCGCGUCUGGAGGACGACGGACGCGGUCUGUUGCCGAGCCCCGUUGCAGACACGACCGACGAGGUAAGCGAUCGAAAACGACAAACCGUCCGGUUACCGCGCAUUGUUCGUAACGGCGGCCGGCGACUGUUUUUUUCCGAUUUAUACGGGGCGGGGGAGGAGGGGUGUGAUUCACCGAGCGCGCUCAGUGCUCGCCCGAAUUUUCUUUUUUUUUAUCAGUUAAAUUCGUACGCGUUCGAAUUUUCGAUAUUUGAAAUAGUUCGGCGUUUUCGAAUACUUAGGUUUUUCGCGGCAUUCGACAGGUACCCUGCGCAAAUACGCAUGGAGAACGUACAUUGAAAAUCCCAUAAAUAGUUGGGUGUGUCACUUUAACGUUUCUGAUUUCUGUCUACCCGUCGACGAGACAUUUUACGUUGAAGUUUAAACGCGCGGAGAGAGUAGUGGAGUGCUUGAAAAUUCUAAAAAAAAAAAAUCAGAAUUCGAAUACCUGCGAAAUCGACCUCGUUAUUUUUUUUUUUUACUCAAUUCGAGCACCGUUAAUAAUAAUACGCACGCCCGACACGUUUUCAGAUGAUUAUAGAGGAGGAGGAAGAAGACAUCCCGAACGCUUUUAAUCUGUACAGAAACAAAAAACUUAUAUCCCACGGCAUGAUGGAUGUCGCGUUAUUUUCCGCAAACGCCAAUCAGCUGAGAUACGUACUGGAAUCCAGUAACGGCGACGUCAUUCGCAUCAUAUGCAUCACACUUCUGUUGAUCAGCAUAUUUCUGCAGGUAUUGCCGUUAUACAAGUACCGCAUUGUCGCGUAGCGCCGUGUACACACAAAUCGCCGCCGAUCGGUAAACUGAAAUUCCCGUUCGAAUGUUACAGAUCUUGGUGGGCAUCGGGCUUUUGCUGAGCGCCCGGUACAACGUGACUAACUGCGACCAACGGAGAAUGGCGUUCAAAUUUGGAAACUACGUUAUCGUGGGCAUAUUCCUCAUAACCGUCGUCAACAUUUUCAUAACGUCGUUUGGCGGACCGUCGGCGAUCCCGCCGGCAGCGAUAGCGGCUUCACCCUUGACUGAAUUCCGGAUGUUAAACGACACGGAUACCGCGAUAAUCACAUGAGUGUACGAAGCGAAUAUAUAUUUUUUUUUAUUGCUAUUUAUAAGUCGUGAGUUUGCAACAGUUUAAUGUAGUGACUAUCUAUUGUUGGAUAAUAGCUAUCUCCUUCGAUCACUAUUCGAAAACUCGAUUAGAAACGUGUUUAGAGAGAUAUCAGAGUGACGUUUAAAAAAAAUAUUUUUCACUGAACAGUUCUAAAGUCACCGAAAAGACCAAAAAUCAAUUUCACUCAAAAUGUUCGUAGAUAAGCCCUGGUUAAAAAAAAAAAAAAAAUCAAUCAUUCUGUACAGUAUACUGUGUGUACAAAUUGCAUUUUAAAAGGACCACCAUUAAACUUGGUCGACUUCAGUAUUAAACAAAUCACACAUAACGAUAAUUAUGGUAAUAACCGGUCGAUAACCAUUGAUUAAACAUAGUGCCUAAUGUAAUAUAUUGUAUUAUAUUUUAUGCUUUGUGUAAUCAACAAUGACAUUACUACGAUUAUACUAGGUACCAUUUUUACUAAGCUGAAUAGAUGGCGCCGAAUCAGUUUUGAUCAGUUCCGAUCAAUCAGGAUAAAAUACAUUUACAACAAUAAAUUUAUUUUGUCAUGCGGUCUCAGACUUAUCAACUAAAUUGCAAUUACAGAUUCGAAAUUUACCGCUUGACGUUAUGAAGUGUUUAGUCCGCACGGGAACAUUCAUUCGGAUGAACAAAUCGAAUAAUCAAACCUCGCAUAAUGUACAAAAGAUGUAUUCCAAAAUAAAAAUAAAACAUUUAAACGACUGAAAAUCAUAAUUCGUGCGUGUUGUUCAAUUCAAAGUAUAUGAGUAAAAGAAUAGGUAUUACCAUUGUAACAUUCUCUAAUGUGUUUAAUAUUUACUAAAUAAGUUAAAAACGAAAUUAACUGAAUAUCUAGUUGAAAAAAAAAAAAUGGAAGAUAUUUUUAAAUAUUAUAUGGUAUAAUUAAUGCGAAAAUAAACGAUAGUUUAGUUUAGUAGCGUACUUUAUAUCGUAGCGAAUUAAAUAUAAUUAUCUUUGUGUAUAUAUAUAUAAAUUACCG